GAGUAAACGCAUUCCUUCUCACAACAGCUGUCAGUAUUAAAGAGGGACUCCGAUGGUUUCACACGAUGACUCUUCCGCUACUUCUAACCAUUCUUGUUCUUGGUGAACUGUCAGGUUCCUACUGCACCCUGACCACUGUAGGAGACCAGACUGUGCUGGAGGGUCAGUCCAUCACUGUCCCGUGUCACUAUAACCCGCAGUAUAUCAGCAAUGUGAAGUACUGGUGCUCCGGCCGGAUGAAGGACUUCUGUUCCAGCUUGGCACGCACCGAUGACCCCACAUCAGCCCCUAACGCCAGGGGAAGGGUGACGAUCGCGGAUGACCCCUCGCAGCAUGUGUUCACCGUGAGCAUGCAGGACCUGACGGUGGGGGAUUCGGGGUGGUACUGGUGUGGGGUGGAGCUCGGAGGGAUGUGGGUUUCUGACAGCACUGCCUCCCUUCAUAUCAACGUCAUUCAAGGUGUGUCAGUGGUGAACAGUAUGGUGAGUGGAGAAGAAGGCAGUAGUGUCACUGUUCAGUGUCUCUAUAGUAAGAACCUCAGGUCCAGCGAGAAACAGUGGUGUCGGAGUGGGAACUGGAAGUCCUGCAUGGUGACGGAUUCUGGAGGAACAUUCAGCAGAAGAAACGUGCUCAUCCACGAUGACAAGAACAGCAUGUUCACUGUGACCCUAACGCAGCUGGAGAUGAGAGACUCGGGCUGGUACUGGUGUGGUUCCGGUCAGCAGAACAGCCUUGUUCAUGUGUUAGUUACACCACAAGCCACAACACGGGCCACAGUGUCUCCUGUCCAGCAUCUGGAGACUACAGUCCGGGCUCCGUCUGUAAUGGGCACAAAUGACCCUCACAGUCGUCCUCCUGUUUGGGAGUCUCCUCUCGUGGUGUGUGGGAUAGUACUUCUGGUUAUGACUGUGUCUCUGGCACUUUGGAAGUUGCGGAAACAGUAUAAGAAAAAGCAGAAGCAUCAAAGGACAACGAUGAUCGGACAAACGAACGAGAAUCUCACAAUGUGUCCAUGGACAGAAGGAGACUAUGAACACCUCAGUGAUUUUCCUGAACACUCCAGCUCAGCAGGUCCAAAUGCUCUAACUUAUGGAAAAAAACUCAUGGACAUUCUGAUGAUGGAGAAUUUAAAGGGAAGCAAAGACGGAUGCUCAGCUCAUGUCUUGGCAUCAGUCGCAGCGGCAGGGGAGAGGCACACGAUUUGGGUCGAGUACAGCAUGUGCAGUGAACAAACAUCAUCACGACACAAGCGGAUUCUCACCAUCAUGCAGUUCAUUUGGAUUUUUCUUUGGCUCAUAAGAGGUCCUGCAGGAUCAGCAAGCAGAGAGUUAACGGUUCAGACUGGAGGAUCUGUCGUUAUUCCGUGUUAUUAUGACAGGAAUUACACCGAACACAGGAAAUACUGGUGCUUUCAUGCAAAAUCGGCAUAUAUUUACUGCUCUAUUCUGGCAUAUGCUAAUGAAACCAAAGGAAGAGUGUCAGUAAUGGAUCAUCCAGAUCAGAGUUUCUUUACUGUGACCAUGAGAAACCUGCAGCGUGAAGACACUGGAUCUUACUGGUGUGUUGAGGAGAUUGGAGGAAAACUUCAAAGAGAUGAAACAGAGAAGCUUCACCUCACAGUUCAAUCAGCUCCUGAUGUGUCUGUGAUGAACAGCAGUGUAUCUGGACGUGAAGGUGAUGAUGUCAGUGUCCAGUGUUUCUACACUUCUGGAUAUCAGGAUAAACUCAAACAGUGGUGCAGAUAUAAAGAUAAGGACUGUUACACAGUGGGGAGGACUGACACAUCCCAGAAUUCAUCAGUCCAGAUCAGUGAUGAUGGGAGAAGCUCCUUCACUGUGUUGAUGACUGGACUGAGACUCAGUGAUUCUGGAUGGUACUUCUGCUCUGCUGGAAAUCUGCAGGUUUCUGUUCAACUCACGGUCACUGACCGCUCUCUUGAAGAUCCACAUGUUCCUGUUCUCACUAUCACUGAACUAAUACCAGCAACUGUAAGCACAGACACCGAGAGGAGCACGUUAGUAUUACCAUGGUUAUUAUAUAUCAAAUUUAUUGAAAUGCAGUAUGAGCAAUUUAAAAAAAAUAAAUGUGACCUAAACCUACAUGAUGCGUCUUGUUUACCACUCAUAUGUUCAUCUUUGUGCUUUUGUCAUAUCUUUCUAUAUGUUGUUUGUUUAGGGGUUGAAUGCUUUAGCGGUGGGACAGAUGAUACCGUAACUAUUAAGGCUGGAGGAUCUGUCACCAUCCCAUGUCAUUAUGAUGAGAAAAACCCACCGCAGAAGAAAUACUGGUACUCAGAUAUUGAUAAAUCUAAAAUAUACACAAACACAACAGAGGAGAAUCUGUCAGUAAUUGAUCAUCCUGAUCAGAGUCUCUUUACUGUGACUAUGAGAAACCUGCAGAUCAAAACACAUAAUGGGGGUUAUUCCUGUGCUGUGGAGACUGAUGGAAAACUGACUGUCACAUAUGAGCUUCAUCUCAUGGUUCAGUCUGCUCCUGAUGUGUCUGUGAAGAGCAGCAGUGUAUCUGGACGCGAAGGUGAUAAUGUCAGUGUCCAGUGUUUCUACACUUCUGGAUAUCAGGAUAAACCCAAACAGUGGUGCAGAUAUAAAGAUCAGAGCUGUUACACAGUGGGGAGGACUGACACAUCCCAGAGUUCAUCAGUCCAGAUCAGUGAUGAUGGGAGAAGCUCCUUCACUGUGUUGAUGACUGGACUGAGACUCAGUGAUUCUGGAUGGUACUUCUGCUCUGCUGGAGAGGCACUGAAUCCUGUUCAACUCACUGUAGAACCAGUAUGGGUGACCACAGACACCAGCACUGCCACUGAGAAGAACAAAUGGCGUUUCUGUCUGUCACAGAAUUAGUUUUCUCCAUUGCACUGUUAGUACAGCUUACUUGAAAAAAGCAUGCAAACUGAUCGCACUUAAUAAACUGAGUAAAGUGAAAUAGGAAUAAUAUGUAGUAUUAACAAGUGCAUGUCUAGUAGUGUACACUUACAAAAGAGUUCAUAUAACUUAAAAUAAUUUGUAUACUAUACUUGAUCUUUUACUUUAGAUGUACUCAUUUAUGCUAGUUGUGUGACCAGAAAGAUCAAAACCGCUGAUUCUGCUUUUGCUUAACACUCAGUCAGCAGAUUAAAGAUCUACAUUUGCUAAAUGCC